UGGAAAUUCCUCUGUUACUUUCACGGCUCGCCUCGUAUUCCCUGACAUUUCUGCUGUGACGGUCAGUCAGUCAGUCAGUAGCUGAGAGAGGAGGAGGAAGAGCUGAACUGAAAUAAGGAGUAACAGAUCUGUGGAGAGAGACACACGUUCAGAUGUUCCCCGCGAUUGGUUUUCAAUGAUCAUGCUGGUUAACUAGUGAUUUCUUUUUUUUUUAAUUAUUUCAAAUUUUCAACUUGGAAGUACGUCUAACAUCCCUGUUUGGCAUCUGAAGUGAGAGAUUUAUUAUAAAGAAUCGGGGGCGCACCACUGACACUUUUUGGUGAACGGAUUUUUCCUCUUGAAUCAUCGUCUUGUUUCCUGCGUUUGGAUUAUUUUCUUCUUCUUUUUUUCCAAGGAGAUGGCAAGUUGUUCCCUGACAGACGCGGGGAUCUGGUGCUGAGGCUCACAAGAUGCUGGGGACCCCACAACAACCAGAUCUCUUACUUUGAGACAUUUUUUCCGGCUAAUUUUUCUCUUUGGGAUAAACUCCUUGGACAUUUUUUCACCUCAGUUUGUCUUUAUUUUAUUUUUUUGUUCCUUUCCCAGAAUGUCUGUGUUGUACAAUCUAAGGAUGUGUAGUGGAUUGCUAUUGUUCCUGUGCACCCAAGUCAUCUCCGUUGCUUCGUGGACUCUGAAUGGUGGAGAUACAUGCGGAGGGAAUAUAUUGAUAAACAACGCGGACUACCUGACCUCCCCUGGCUAUCCGGGCGCUUACCCGCCUUCCCAGCAGUGCGUGUGGGUGAUAACAGCCCCAGAACCGGGUCAGAAGAUCCUCAUCAACUUCAAUCCGCAUUUUGAUCUGGAGGACAGAGACUGCAAGUAUGACUAUGUGGAGGUUUACAACGGCGGCGAUGAGGAUUCGCCCAUGGUGGGGAAGUUUUGCGGGAAGAUCGCGCCAUCCCCGAUCAUCUCCACCGGCACCCAGCUCCUCAUUAAGUUCGUCUCCGACUAUGAGACCCACGGGGCGGGAUUCUCUGUUCGCUAUGAAGUCUUCAAAACAGGUCCAGAAUGUUCCAGGAACUUCACGGCUCCCAGGGGCGUCCUCAAGACGCCGGGCUUCCCCGAAAAGUACCCCAACAACCUGGAAUGCACCUUUAUGAUCUUUGCCCCCAAGAUGUCGGAGAUCAUUGUGGAGUUUGACAGCUUCGACAUGGAGCCCGACACCACACCGCCGCCGGGUGCCCUCUGCCGAUACGACUGGCUGGAAAUCUGGGACGGCUUCCCUGCAGUGGGGCCUCACAUUGGACGCUACUGUGGCCAGAUGUCUCCUGGCCGUGUGAUCUCCUACACCGGCAUCUUGUCCAUGACCAUCACCACUGACAACGCCAUCACCAGAGAGGGAUUCUCCGCCAACUACACCAUCCGUGAGAGGGUCAUCCCCCCAGGACACACAGAUGAGGAUUUUGAGUGCAUGGAGGCACUGGGCAUGCAGUCUGGGGAAAUCACCUCGGAGCGGAUCACCGCCUCGUCCCAGUACAACUCCAACUGGUCCCCUGAACGCUCGCGCCUCAACUACCACGAGAACGGCUGGACGCCCUCAGAGGACAGCGUCAGGGAGUGGAUACAGGUGGAUUUGGGGUUUCUCAGAUUCGUCACAGCCAUCGGGACGCAGGGAGCGAUCUCAAAAGAGACCAAAAAGCAAUAUUACGUUAAAUCCUACAAAGUGGACCUAAGCUCCAACGGAGAGGACUGGGUCACCAUGAAGGAGGGCUCAAAGCAGAAGCUCUUUACGGGAAAUCACAGCCCAACAGACGAGAAUCGAUCCCUCCUCCCCAAACCGACUCUGGCUCGUUACAUCCGCAUCCGCCCCAUGUCCUGGGAGCAAGGCAUCUGUAUGCGCAUUGAGAUCUACGGCUGCAGGACAUCAGACUACCCUUGUUCAGGGAUGCUGGGGAUGGUGUCAGGUCAGAUCGCAGAUGCUCAGAUCAGCGCCUCAUCUUUCGUCGAUCGAGGCUGGGUGGCCGAGAACGCACGAUUAUUGACGGGGAGAUCGGGCUGGACCGGAUCACAAACCAAGCAACCCUUCAGAAACGAGUGGCUACAGGUGGAUCUGGGUCACGACAAGAUGGUGAGCGGUGUGUUGAUCCAGGGGGGGAGACACCGCGACAGGAACGUCUUCAUGAAGAGAUUCAAGGUGGGCCACAGUCUGAACGGAGAAGACUGGAUCCUGGUCAAAGAGGAGAACAGCACCAAGCCCAAGAUAUUCAUGGGGAACCAGAACCACGACACCCCAGAGCUCAGGUCCUUGGAUCAGGUACUGGCCCGCUUCGUCCGGAUUUACCCGGAGAGGGCCACCACCGAGGGCGUGGGCCUCCGACUAGAACUGCUGGGCUGUGAAUUGGACGACAUUACAACCCCGGCGCCUCCCACCAAACCAGCCGUUUCUAUGCUUCCCAUGACCACAUUUGGUGCGACCACCACCGCACCGACCACCGUCCCCGGCACGACGCUGACUACCAACUGCAAGGAAGGACAAUGGGAUUGUCUCGUUGACGUUGAGGCACCUGAGGACUACGACAUAGUGACAAGAGGCACCGCAGUGGAUAAUCCCAUGGACUUCCUUCCAGGGUAUGUGUGGUUUGCCUGUAACUUUGAGGCGUCGUUCUGCGGCUGGACCAUAGAGCCCGGCAGAGGGGCUACGUGGAUCCUCCAGCUCGCUGAGGCUCCUCCCGUCCACAGAGCAUCGGCCUUCGACCACACAGGAAAACCAGGGAACUUCAUCUACGUGCAGCUGAGUGACAAAUUAAUUCCAAGUGAAAUUUAUGAAUACGGCGACGAAGAGGAGAGAGAUGAGAAAGUGGCGAGAUUGUCCAGCCUGCCUAUGGCGGCGCAUGACGCUGACCUGUGCAUGUCCUUCUGGUAUCUAUUGAUCGGCGAGCACGAAGAAGCGAUUCACGUCAGGCAGAGGAUGGAGGGGGAUCCGGGGAAAUUGAUAAGGAGUGUCGAAGAUCAUCAGGGAAGCAAGUGGAAGGAGGCACGAGUGUCACUGCCACAAUCCAGCAUCCCCUAUCAGGUGGUGUUUGAAGGUCUUUUAAACAAACAUAGCACAGGCCACAUAGCUUUAGACAACGUCCACAUCAUAGAAGGAAUCAACAUGGACGACUGCAAAGAUCCAGAAGAUUAUCCAACUCCGUCCACUGAGAUCAUCAUCCAACCGGUGGACUCUCUUUUGCAGGACAGCAACGAGCUCGGCGGUCCAGGCAACAUGCUGAAGACCCUGGACCCCAUCCUCAUCACCAUCAUCGCCAUGUCUGCGCUGGGUGUCUUCCUGGGCGCCAUCUGCGGCGUCGUGCUCUACUGCGCCUGCUCACAAGGCAGCAUGACGGACAGGAACUUAUCCGCCCUGGAAAACUAUAACUUUGAACUGGUGGAUGGCGUGAAACUAAAGAAGGACAAGAUGAAUGGACAGACUAACUACUCAGAGGCGUGAGGGGAAAAGAGGGACGGAGCUGCGAUGCUCCGCUUGGACACGUGAUGCAGCCAAUCAAGUGGGAAGGAAAACACGGGGCUGAAGCCACCAAAUGGGACAGCAGAGUGGGCUGACAGUGAGCCGAUGUAAUUUUUUUUCUCAGGAGCGGCAGUGGAAGGGACUGACCUGCAGGGGGCACUGUGUAUAAAAAAAUAUGUACAGCAAAAAAAAAGAAAAAAAAGAAGAAAA